UUUGCAGCUGAACUUGAUCGACAAAGCAAUUGCAAAAUGUAUUAUCCGCUGAAGGCAGUAGCAGAGAAUCGGCUUUAUAUAAUAAUGGGAUGUGACAGCGCGGGAUAUCUAGAGAAAGCACUGUUGACGAAAGAUCAUCGUUUCAAUUGCGAUGUGCAGCCAGUGAUGGACUACUAUGACUUUGCGACAUUGACACUUGGUCUCGAGGUAGAUCCAAAUGCUGUAGAGGCUAUAAUGCCAAGGGCCUCUCUAAAGUGUGAAACGCUUAUAGCUGUAUUCCGUGAGCUUAGCUAUCCACCGGGUAAGACGUACGAUGAAAUCAUAUCUGCGUGGAAGGCACAUGCAGAGAAAUCAUUUCUAGGGAAAGGAACGCCUGAGGGUGGAAAUCGCGAAGUUUUCCAUUAUGUAGGAGAGGAAAGGGAAGUGGUUUUCCGUGUCUGGGAGAAUCCAGAGGAAUUGGACUUCAACAUAAUAAGCGGUGGUUGGACUGUAUCUGCAAUGAAAACUAGCCCAACAGUGAGAUGUAACAUCAGAGACAUACUGCAGUAUAAUACUAAUGGUGUGAUCCAAAACAAAAUCAUACUUUAAAGGGACAUACAAUCAUAUUUAUAUAUCUUAAAACCUUAAAGUAAUAAAUAUGACUAGAUGUCAUACCGAUUGAUAUGAAUAAAA